UGCACGUGAAGCAAAAAGAUCUAAUUUUGAGAAAAAUCAUGGCUUUACACGUACCAAAAGCACCGGGCAUGGCCCAAAUGCUUAAAGAUGGAGCUCUUCACUUUUUAGGUUUAGAAGAAGCAGUGUAUAGAAAUAUAACAGUAUGUAAAGAAUUUGCACAAACUAUGAGAACUGCUUAUGGUCCAAAUGGCAUGAAUAAAAUGGUAAUUAAUCAUAUAGAAAAACUAUUUGUUACCAAUGAUGCUGCAACAAUUAUUAAUGAACUUGAAGUUGAACAUCCAGCUGCUAAAUUAAUAGUUCUAGCAUCAAUAAUGCAAGAAUCAGAAGUUGGUGAUGGCACUAAUUUUGUGAUAAUUCUGGCUGGUGCACUUCUUGAAGCUGCAGAGGGGCUACUUCGUUUGGGAAUUACUCCAGCUGAGAUAGUUGAAGGAUAUGAAGCUUCUUUGGAAAAAGCUUUGGAAAUAUUACCAACAUUAGUUUGUUAUGAAAUAAAAGAUUUUCGUGAUGAAAAACAGAUACAAGUAGGAAUUAAAACAUCUAUUAUGAGUAAACAGUAUGGAAAUGAAGAUUCUAUUACUUCCCUUGUUACAAAAGCUUGUGUGUCUAUUUUACCAGAAAAUACUACUUUCAAUGUGGAUAAUGUACGUGUAUGUAAAAUACUUGGAAGUGGUAUAUCUAGCUCAGAAGUUGUACAGGGAAUGGUAUUUAAACGUCAAGUUGAAGGAGAUGUUACAAAAAAAGAUAAUCCCAAAAUUGCUGUUUAUACCUGUGCUGUAGACAUCAUGCAAACAGAGACAAAGGGAACAGUAUUAAUAAAGUCAGCAGUUGAAUUAAUGAAAUUUUCUAAAGGAGAAGAAUCCUUACUGGAGAUUCAAAUAAAAGCAAUUGCUGACAGUGGAGCUACUGUGAUUGUUUCAGGAGGAAAGUUUGGUGAUAUGGCUUUACAUUAUAUAAACAAAUAUAAUUUAAUGGCUGUUCGUAUACCUAGCAAAUUUGAUGUUAGAAGAUUAUGCAAAACUGUUGGAGCUACUGCACUUCCAAAAUUGACACCACCAACAAAAGAAGAAUUGGGUUAUGCAGAUUCAGUACAUAUUGACGAAGUUGGAGAUACUAUAGUAGUGAAGUUUGCGAUAAAUGGUACCGAUAGUCGUGUCAGCACUAUAAUUGUUAGGGGAUCCACAGAAAAUUAUAUGGAUGAUAUUGAACGUGCUAUUGACGAUGGAGUUAACACGUUUAAAGGAAUAACAAGAGAUGGAAGGUUCCUUCCUGGAGCAGGUGCUACAGAAAUUGAACUUGCUGCUCAACUCAGUACAUAUGCAGAUACUUUACCAGGCUUAGAACAGUAUGCAGUGCGUAGAUUUGCAACUGCUUUAGAAAUUUUCCCCAAAACUCUAGCAGAAAAUAGCGGAAGUUAUGCUUCCGAACUUGUAUCCAAACUUUAUGCUGCACAUAAAGAAGGCAAAAAGAAUCACGGCUUUGAUAUUGAUAAUAAGACAGCUCUUAUUGACACAGUGGAAGCUGGAAUCCUAGACUUAUUCUUAACAAAACAAUGGGGCUUAAAAUAUGCCGUCGGUGUAGCAUGCACCAUACUUAAAGUUGAUCAAAUCAUUAUGGCAAAACGUGCAGGAGGACCGAAAGUACCAAGCGGUGGAGUUCGUGACGACGACGAGUGAUAAUAUACAACAAUCAUUUAAUUAUUCAUUAAUUUUUAUAUUUAACUUAUAAUGUUAGAUUAUAUUGGAUUUCAGUACAUUAAACUUCAUGUCAAACAAGUGAAAUUAAAGUAUGAUUUUAUA